AUGGAUAACUGCCGUCGAACAACAGCUCCCUUCAAACCAUGGAAGAAAGGCCCCACCAGAGGCAAAGGUGGACCCCAGAACGCCGCCUGUGAGUUCCGCGGCGUCCGUCAAAGAACUUGGGGCAAAUGGGUGGCGGAAAUCAGAGAACCCAAGAAACGAACCAGACUAUGGUUGGGUUCUUUUGCUACAGCCGAAGAAGCUGCCAUGGCUUACGAUGAAGCUGCCAGAAGACUUUAUGGACCUGAUGCUUACCUCAACUUACCCCAUCUUCGAUCCAACUUCAAUCCUCUUAACAAAUCACACAAAUUCAAAUGGUUUUCUUCCAACAAGUUCAUGUCUAUCUUUCCGGCAACUGGUUUGCUUAAUCUUAAUGCGCAACCGAGUGUUCAUGUAAUCCAUCAGAGACUUGAAGAACUGAAGAGAACUCAGGUAUCGUCGUCUUCUUCAUCCAGCUCCAACAGUUCUUCGAUUGUUGAUCAGAUCAGCCAUGAUCAAGUUCAAGUUACUAGCGAGAAUUCGAAAACCCAUCUCAAAGAAAGCGUCCAGAAGCCUCAGAUCGAUCUCAAUGAGUUCCUUCAGCAACUCGGAGUGCUGAAAAAAGAUGAGCAAACGGAUAAAGUUACCAGUGACGAAAGUUAUUGUGGAUUUAAGGAGAUUGAAUUGUCAUCGUCUUCAAAAGCAGUUGUUGAAGAAUCAGAUUUGGGAGAGGAAGAUUUCAACUGGGAUGUGUUGAGUGAGAUACAUGGAUCUCAUGAUGAUUAUAAUAAUCAGAUUUUUGAUGUUCAUGAUCAUGAUCAGGAACUGGUUUUGCCCACCACUAUCUGGAAUUUUUGA